UGGCCAGCCCGCGGACACGUCAGGCCGUGGCUCCUCCCGCGCUCUAAACUGGUGUUUGUGUAAUUGAUCCGAACCUGAAGAAAACUCGGCGGAGUUUCUGGAUUUCUGGGGGGAAAAUGGAAGUUCCGGAGGAGUUCUGGGUUCAGGAUGGACUCUGAAACACCUCCAGGUGAAGUUUAGAAGAUGCAGCAGAUGAUGGGUGGAGCUGCUGCUGGAUAAAUUGCAUAUUAGAGAAGCAGUUUAGUUUUGGUAGUUAAACAGUUCAAACAGAUAGUAGUAGUUAUGGAAUACAGCGAGAGAGUGCUGUGUGCGACCGGAGAGGUGGAGCUGGACCCGAACAUUGUGAGCGAAGAGGCUGGAAAACUGUAUUCAGAACUACAGACCGUCAUCGAGACCCAUGGUGAAGGAGUGGUGGAGUCUCUGGUUCCCAUCUUCGUCUGGGUUCUGGAGGGAUUGGCCAGCUGUAAAUCCCAGCUGAGGGAUCGGGAGGAGGAAGCCGAGAAGGAGAAGUCUGAGCGAGAGGAGCUUCUGGAGAGAUACCAGGCUGAGAGAGCUCUGAGGAAGGAGAGCCAGGAGAGAUACCUGGAGCUGGACGACCAGAUCGAACAGGAGAGGAGAGCCAUGCGGAUGAGGGAGAAGGAGAGGGAACGUCGAGAGAGAGAUCUGGAGAAGAAAGCCAGAGAACAAGCCGAUCAGUUGGUGGCCUUGGAGGAGCAGAAGGUGAAUCUGAGCAGAGAGCUGAGUUCACUGAGACUCACUCACACCAAGCUGGGUCACACAUAUCGGGAACUUUUGGACAAGAGGAAGGAUUCUGAGAGGGACUCUCCUUUAAGGAAUCACGUUCGUUCUCGAAACUCUGACUUUCCAUCCAACCACAGCUCAUCAGAUUCCAGCGGUCCUGAAAAGGUGAUUCAGAGGCCACAUUCACACUCUGGUCCUCCCUGUUUGGAAGAUCUAGAAGCCAAAGAAGAAAAAGUGAUGAAUAAAAGCGAUGUAAAACCCGCCGUGGAUCAGUUCGUCAGCGACAUCAUCAGCUCCACGCCUGAACUCAGACAGUUUCACGGCGGCAUAAACGCCAGCACUCCCGUCAGAUCUGAAACCGAAGAGCCUCCGAACGACGAAUCAGAGAUGAGCCUGGAGGAGGAGCUGAGGGAGGGGGAGGAGCAUAAAGAUGGGGAGGAGGAGAAAGGAGGAGGGACGAAGGUGGAGGAAGAGGAGGACACGUACGAGGAGGACAGUAUGGAGUUUGAACUCCGAAACACCGACUCUGUUUUCUCUGAAUUGUCUGAGCUGAGUCGGGAUUACGUGGAGAGUGUCGACCGAGGAGCCAGCGUUAGAGGCGGUGCAGACCAGUUUGAGGAGAUUCUUUCUCAGUUUGAGGAACUGAAAGUCACCCACGAGUUGAUCGAAGCCGCCCGUAAAGCUCUGAUUUCUCGGGUGGUCGAGUUGACGGACGACCGAUCGGCUCUGAAGCUGGAGGUAGCUUCUCUUCAGGAGACGGUGUCCCGACUGGAGGGCAGGAUGAAGGAGAAGGAGGAGGAAACCAAGAGACUCCGUAAAGAGCUGGAGGCCUGCCAGUCCGAGGAUCCUGAUGCGUCGCUGCCGUCCUCCAUGCGUCACUUCUCCCGUUCUGAAAUGGCCCGUGUGGUGAUGGAGAAGAAUCAGUACAAACAGCGUCUGAUCGAGCUGCAGGAGGCGCUUCGUCAGAGUCAGAUCCUCAGAGCGACGAAGGGGGAGAGGUUCUCAGAGGAGAAAAGGUCGAGUGUUUGGAGAAGAUUCAACCGCCUGUUCGGCCUCACUAAGAGACCUUUAAUUCCACCACCAGUUUCCUUUUUAGCGACUUCCCCGUCGCUGAUUCGUUCUCCUCUCGGAUCUCCUCCGAUUCCAGUCGUCCACCGAACUCACACCGAAUCUUCUUCUCCGGCUUCUCCGUCACCUCGAGCCAGACGGAGGGAACUCUACAGACAAAUCCGAUCUCAGGUUUGGGGAACUCUGGGAAAACGACAGAUUCAUGGAUGGAGUCUGCCGCUGGCAAACACUCAGGAGACCCAGGAGCCGGUUCCAGAACCUAAAGACGUUCCUGUUCUGAUGCAGCUCAGACUGUUGGACCAGAGAGACUCCACUGCGAAGCUGAACUGUGCCAUUGCCGUCACACCUGAGAUCUCAGGUGAAGCCACGUGUUCGGUCUGGGUGGUUUCUGGCCCCGCCUCCUGCAGUGACAUCACCGUCAUCGACCCGGCCCGGUCCAACACGGUCCUGGACCAGUUCAGCCUCCCGCCCACGGCUCCGGCCCUCUGCCUCUGUGCCGUUCCUCCCAUCGGUGACUCAGCAGGAACCGUCUGGAUCGGAACUCAGGAAGGAAGCAUCCUGGUCCACUCGGCCUCAACGGCUCGGAGACGCUGCCUGCAGUCGGUGUCGCUGCUGGAGGGAGUUCAUUCGCUCACGUUUUCCCAGAAUCAGGUCAUCGCUGGUUUAGCUGAUGGAACUUUGGCUUUUUUCUCCCAUGGUUCAGGCGGCUGGAACCUUCAGUCACACUCCGUGCUGCCUCUGGAUUCCAACCCCCUGCAGCCGGUCCGCUGCUGCCUGGCUAAAGGGGGCCGUCUGUGGGUCGGAUACUGGAACCGGGUCCUGGUGGUCGACCUGGAGGGCAGGACGGUGGAGCAAACCUUCUCCGUGUCCGAGCGCAGCGAGCAGCAGGUUCGCUUCCUGUGCGCGGCAGGAAGUGGCGUCUGGACUUCCUGUCGCCUCGACCCGGUCCUCAGGCUGUUCGACUGGUCCACAGGACGGCCGCUGCAGGAAGUGGAUUUUACAGCUUUGGUCACUAAAACUUUAGGCCAGCCCUUCCUGAACCUGUCUCCUCUCCAGAUCUCCUCUCUGACCAUCAUCUCAGGUCGACUCUGGGUUGGAACAUCAGGAGGAGCCGUGUUCUCCAUCCCCCUGUCCAUCACUUCAGAGGACGUCUCCAUCCCAUACUGCUCCACUGCUUCAGCCCAGCUGUGUUACCAUGGACACCGGCAGGCCGUCAGGUUCAUCAUCGCUGCUCCAGGUUGUUUGAUGACGUCUCCAGGCAGCAGCUACGUCUCCACGUCCCAGCUCAUCCUCAGCGGAGGAGAAGGUUAUAUCAACUUCAGAAUCGGAGACGACGCCAGUGAUGACGAGUCCUCCGAGGCGUCUCAGUCGACCCCUCAGAGGUCCGAACGGAGUCAUAUGAUCAUCUGGCAGAACCCGUCCCCCUCGGUACCGAGUCCGGCUCUCUGACCCAGUUUAAAGGUGCUCUAACGGACCUGAAACAUCUGGUUUACCUCGUUUAUCUUCAUCAUCUCUCCUCUGACUGGUUCCUACAAGUCAUGUGCCUUCAUCAGAUUAUUUAUCAGUGAUGCAGAACUGGUCAGAUUAUUGAUUUCUGAUCAGCUACAUCCAGUUUAACAGACUCUAAAUGGUUCUCAAAUCGUUCUAUUUCUGCUCCACCGUCUCUGAUCUACUUUGUUGUUCAAACGGGCUUAAUGUGAAGAAAAAACUCAGAAAAUAUCUGAUAAAUGAAGCAGAAAUUUCACAAAUGUCUAACUGCGUCCCUUUGGAUGAACUUUGAGAAGUUGUUGACAUAUUUUAACUCGUUUAGCACAGAUUUUAUGUCUUUUUGGGCAAAUUUUGACAAACUUCGGUCGACUUUUAAGUUACUGUAGACCAUUUAUAACUCCUUCCAGAUGAUGUUCGGACAAUUCAAAGUAGUUUUGUCAAAUCUGGAGCCAUUUUGGACAAUUUUUGAAUGAAUUUUGUUUAAAUUUUGAGUAAGUUUGGACACAUUACAAGUCACUGUGGAUGAAUUUCAAGUCAUUAUGGACAACUUUGAGAAAUCUUUGACAUUCUAAGUCAUUUUCAACCAGUUUUGAAUGUUUUUGGACACACUUUGAGUCAUUUUGGACAUUAUAAACUCACUUUGGACAUAUUUUUGUCUUGUCAAUGAAUUUCGAGCCAUUUUGGACAAACUUUGAGAUGUUUAUGUCAUAUUUUAUCUCAUUUGGGACUGGUUUUCUGUGUUUUUGGGCAAAUUUUGACAAAUUUCAGUCAACUUUUGAAUUAUCAUACACAGUUUCUCCUUCCAGAUAACAUUCAGACAAUUCAAAGUAUUUUUGACAAAUUUAAACAAAUUUGGAGCCAUUUUGGACCAUUUUUGAAUGAAUUUUGGACAAAUUUUGAGUAUUUGAACACUUUACAAGUCACUGUGGAUAAAAAAUGUCAUUAUGGGAAAUCUGAUAUUUUAACUAAUUUUCAACCAAUUUAGAGUGUUUCUUGGACACAUUUUGAGUAAUUUUGGACAUUGCAAACUCACUUUCAAUUCAAUUUCAAGUCACUUUGGACCAACUUUGAGAAAUUGUUGACAUAUUUUGUGUAAUUCUGGGCAAAUUUCAGCAAAUUUUGGACAACUUCUGAGUGAUUUUACACAAUUUCUAAUUCAUUCCACGUCACCUUCAAGUCAUUUUUGACACAUUUAACCAAACUUAAACAAAUUUGGACCCAUUUUGGACAAUUUUUGAGUAACUUUGGACACAUUUCCAGUCACUGUGGACAAAUUUGAAGUCACGAUGGACAACUUUGGGAACUUUUUGACAUAUUUUGCUUCAUUUUAGACCAAUUUAGAUUCUGUUCGGACACACUUUGAGUCAUUUUGGACAUUAUAAACUCACUUUGGACACAUUUUUAUCUUACCAACAAAUUUCAAGCCAUUUUGGACAAACUUUGAGACGUUUGUCAUAUUUUAACUUAUUUGGGACAGGUUUCAUGUCAUUUUGGACAAAUUUCAACAAAUAUGAACAAAUUUUGAGUUAUUUUAGGCAAUUUCUAACUAAUUCCAGAUCACAUUGAAAGUAAUUUUUGACAAAUUUUGACAAAUUUUGAACUCUUUUGAACAAUUUUCCCAAAUAAAACUUUUAAAGUAGAUCGUAGACGGUGGCGCAGAAGGAUUCUGAUGAUCUGAGGGGAAAUAUUCCAGUUUCAGAACACAUUUUGAUGGUUGAACCUGUGAACUGAAUCAGGUUUUUAUGUUUUAUUUUAAAGUGGUGGAACUUCUUUGGUGUAUUUUUGGAGUUUCUGCCGUCAGUAUUCAGUCAAACUUCCUCAUGUGGUGAAAUUACAGAAACCUUCCUCAGAUAAUGUUUUAUUGUUUUAUUUCUUGGUGUGAUAAGGGAGACGGAUGUAGUAUUUAUGUUAAAGCAGAUUCUUUUUGCAAAAACUGGAAUUCUGGAAAUAUGAAAACUCUGAUUAUUGUCAUUAAAAUGCCUUCAGUUGUUGA